GGGCAGCGGCUGCCGCGGGGAGCGGGUUUCCGCAGGGGGGCCCCGCGGCCGGGGCUUGUCGGCGGGCGGGCAGCGGCGGCGGGCUGGAGCCGGCCGGAGCCCGGCGGAGAGGUGCAGUAUUGCGCCGAGCUGGUGCGAAAGCGUGACUAUGAAGGGUUUCUGUGUUCUCUGCUGUUGCCUGCGGAAUCUCGAACCUCUGCUUUUGCCUUGAGAGCCUUCAAUGUGGAACUGGCCCAGGCAGAUCAAAGACUCCGUAACUCAGAAGACUACAGGUCUGAUGCGAAUGCAGUUCUGGAGGGAUGCUGUGGAAGGCAUAUACUGUGAUAACCCGCCACAUCAGCCGAUUGCUACAGAACUGUGGAGGGCUGUCAAGAGGCAUAACUUGACUAAAAUGUGGUUGAUGAAGAUCAUUGAUGAAAGAGAGAAGAAUUUGGAUGACAGGGCAUACCAUAACAUCCAGGAGCUUGAAAAGUAUGCUGAGAACACUCAGAGUGCUCUCUUGUACCUCACCUUGGAAAUGCUGGGUGUGAGGGACGUCCAUGCUGACCACGCAGCCAGUCACAUUGGGAAAGCACAAGGCAUAGUUACCUGUUUAAGAGCAACUCCAUAUCACUGUACAAGACAAAAGGUCUUUCUUCCCAUGGACAUUUGUAUGUUGCAUGGAGUUUCACAAGAGGAUUUCAUAAGAGGCAAGCAAGAGAAAAAUGUGAGAGAUGUAAUUUAUGACAUUGCCAGCCAGGCCCAUAUUCAUCUAGAACAUGCUAGAUCUUUCAGUAAGAAAGUUCCUGUGAAGGCAUAUCCUGCUUUUUUCUGUACGGUUGCUUUAGAUGAUUAUUUAUGUAAUGUGCGAAAAGUGGACUUCAAUAUAUUUCAUCCAAGCUUACAAAGGAAGAGUGCAUUAUUACCAUUGCAUUUAUAUAUUAGAUCUUGGAAAAAAACAUAUUAAAGGUUUGGGUUUUUUUAA